UGUGUUAAAAUGGAUUACAAUAAAUUGAGGAAAUUUAUUGAAAAGUCAACUAAACCAUCAAGUAUUUUUGCCAAAUCCCUUUUCCGUGAAAACAUAGUAAGUCAAGUAGUGCAACUGUGUACCUCGAUUAGCUUUCUACUCUAUGCUUUAGUUAAACUUUAUAAAAUUCAUGACUCCUCAAAAAACACUCCUCUUGGAGUUGAUAGAGGUAAUUUUACGUACAAUAAUUGUACAAGAAUCGCUAAUUUCUUCUACGCUAUUAGUGUUAGCGCAGCUAUACUGCUUUACAAAUACAACAGUAAAAAAUACGUUAAUUAUAUCAAUUACUUCCAAUCCAGCAUCAAGAAUCCUUUUGGCCUGAAACAGAUUUUAUAUGUGAACAAAUGGCAGAAGAUCAAUCGAUUUAUAAUUAUAUUACUGUCCCUAACUGGAUUGACCAUAAUGACUUUGGAAUUUUAUUACCACCCUUUCAGUUUGACAUAUGACUACGCUGAAAUCAUAUUGACAUAUAUGUGUGAAUCUGGCUUGAUUUUGGAGCAACAAUUUGUCCUAGAAACUUGUAUCUAUUUACAAUCAAAUUUCGUGUUUUUCCACUUGUUUUUUGAUUCGCUUACGAAGAAGGUUAUCGAGAAUCUAAGAGUAGAUGUUUAUCAUGCUAUUAAAUCAGUCCGUGACAUACACAGUCAAACGAUUGAAUUUACUCGGCAGCUUGAUUCUUUUUUUAGAUUAAAGGUUUUGAACACUUUUGGAUAUCUGGCAAUCUACUCUAUUUGCAACAUUGGUUUGUUGGCAGCACCCGAUCAAACAAUGAUACGAAUACUAACCUUGAUUGGAAGGGCAAUUUUUAUUGCGACUAUACUAUGUUUAAGUAGUUAUCAUUUUGCACGAGUAAACUACUUGUCAAUCCAAGUAUACAACAAAGUUCAUGAUUUUUCACUUUCACGGAACUUGAUACGAUCAAUUGAAACCAUGAAUGAGAUAAAAUUGUUUCUAUUACGAAUCAGUCGAGACGAUGUUGGAUUCACACUUGCCGGUCAAUGCGUGGUCUCAGUCAAUUUCAUAUCAUCUUUGGCCAUCAUUACACUAACUAUUGGCUUAGCUUUACCAGGCUUUUUUAAAUGACGCUUAGCAAAAUUUUGACACCAAUGAUCUAUUUUCAUCAAUAAUACAACUAUACUUGGACUUCAUGUGAUUGUUUGUAGUUGAUUCGAUCGAUUAAAACGAA